ACUGUGCGCGCUCCGUCGCUGUCGCCACCGACCGUGUACCGGCGUCGUCCUCCGCUCGGCUGGCUACGUAUUUGGGAAUGUGGAUUAAACAGUUUUCCGUAGAAACGCGUGCGCCCCAGCUAGUGUCAAAGUAUUGUAAAGGCGCUCGUCUAAAAAUAAACCCGUGUCCAUCUGGUGUAGUAUUUCAACGUAGGUUUUAGGUUAUACAUAGUGGAUCGCGAAUGUAGAAUAAUUCAACAGUUUUAGAAGUUAGUAAAAUAUUCGUCACCCAAAAACGAAAUACGUUUUUAGAUUGCCAGUUUUUAGAAUUUUGAGGUUAGCCGGCUUGCUAUUUCGGCUUUGUUUACGUUGGUGCAGUGUUGCCGGUUGGUGCGGGUUUUGGUUUGUGAUGUCACUUUCUGAGUGAGUGGGUGAAGUGUACAGCAAGAUGCCCUCCAAAAAGCAGUAUAAUCUUGUGCAGAAUGACGACUACGACACCAGGAUUCCCCUACAUUCGGACGAGGCUUUCCAACACGGAAUCACAUUCCAAGCAAAGUACAUCGGUACCCUAGACGUGCCCAGGCCUACAAGUAGAGUGGAAAUCGUCGCCGCAAUGCGUAGAAUACGUUACGAAUUCAAGGCGAAAGGCAUCAAAAAGAAGAAAGUGACGGUGGAAGUGUCAGUGGAUGGAGUGCGAGUCACCCUCAGGAAAAAGAAAAAGAAAAAACCUUGGAUGGAUGAAAACAACAUGGUUCUAAUGCAGCACCCAAUUUACCGGAUAUUUUACGUAUCCCACGACUCACAAGAUCUCAAAAUCUUCAGCUACAUUGCGAGAGAUGGCGCUACCAACGUGUUCAAAUGCAACGUCUUCAAAUCCAACAAGAAGAGCCAGGCGAUGCGAGUGGUGCGGACCGUCGGACAGGCGUUCGAGGUGUGCCACAAGCUGUCAGUUGGAGGGCCAGGGGAAGACGACGCGGAAGCGACAGAAACCUUAGCGUCGGAGUCCCACACAGACCUGCUCUCUGAGAAGCAUCGGAAAGAUGCACCCUCAGAACCUGAGACUAUAGGAGGUAACGACUCCUUGUCGACCCUGGACGCCCAGUCUGAUGUGACACCCGCCCCCGCCACAGUCCCCGUCCAGCGUCCUCUCAGACUCGACAUCAUUCCGCCCCCGCCCAACAAUCACCCGACACGGCGAUCCCCACUGAGUGGAGGAGAGACGUACAGUUCGCCAUUGAGUGAACCGCUCAAGUCAGCGCCAGAGUCGAGUCUGCCCUCGGCUGGUACGCCACUCAGCGCUCAUCACGAACUGCAGCUGCUGAGGGAACAGCUGGAGCAGCAGAAUCAGCAGACGCAAGCUGCUGUGGCCCAGGUUCAUCUGCUGAGAGAUCAGCUGGCUGCUGAGACUGCUGCUAGACUGGAGGCUCAGGCUCGAACCCAUCAACUUCUGGUCCACAACAAGGAGUUGUUAGACCACAUCAGUGCUUUGGUAGCUCACCUGCAAGAGACUGAGAGGCUUCAACAGCAUCAACAUCAACAACAGCAACAACAACAACAAAAUCAACAUCAACAUGUUACUUCUGUUCCCCAGUCUCAGAUGGGCAUGAUGUGCGAGCCUCAAACUCCGUCCCUCGGAUCCGUCUACCUCCAGGACUACCCGGAUAUAGAGACCAUCCGCCAACUGACCAAUCAGGGACUUCUGGAUAACCGGAACAUCAACCAAUCCUACCUGCAGGGUGUUCCCGGAUCUCCCAGACAACAGAGGAGUAUGAUGCCGAACGUCUUCAACUUCGGUCUGGCUGAUCAACAGUUCCAGAACCAACUCUUGCAGCGGUUGCAAAACAUCACGCCUCAAUAUCGAAACCAGUACUACCCGGUCGGAGGAAUGUAUCAGCAGAACACGCAGCAAACUUCACCGCAGCAGUUUAAUUUCCGGGUGUCCCAAGCUUCUUCCUACGCUAGUUCGCCAGUGCUUGCACACAAGAAGCAAGAGAGCGAGGAAGGUUCACAAUUCAUCCGUCCGUUGUCUCAAGGAGGAUUGACGACAACUGAGACGGAAGGAAGAACGAGAGUUUUGGUCGGAGCAGACGACGAUGUUGACGUGCCGAGACUUGACCCGCCUCCGUCGGGGGCAAAACGGAAAGACGGGAAACGUGAUCAACUCUCCGCUGCAUUCAACACCCUCAGGGUUUCUGACGAGGAAGAACUUCGAAGGCCAGGUUUUCAAAACGGACCUUUCAUUACGAGGUCGACUAGUGAGAAAAUUCCUAACCGAAGUGAACUAAUGUCACAAGUACAAAGAACUGCUUGGGCCCGACACACUACAAAGUGAUCGUUCAUUACUGCUUAGGACGGACUAUAUCAAAUUUGUAGCUUCCCUCGGGUGAAGUUUUGUAUCAGGCUCUUAAAAUAUUACUUUUACAGGAAUUAACAGUGAUCUUCGGGACUUAUUUACACUGACUUCACUUAACGUCCUGAAUGGUAAUGUUUUAAUUGCUUUGGAUUUUAUUUAGUGUUGUUAUCUCCAAUGUUACGGAGUUGUAUAAAUGUAAUAUAGUGCACAUUUUCUUUGUUGACAGUUUACCAAGUUACUUAAUAUAGAAAUAUCAAUCUCAGGCUAGAGUCAGUAACAAGAUUACCAGUUUUUGUGACAAAAUAAUACGCCAGAGACAUAUAUCAUAGCAUUUGUUUACGUGAUGGUAACUUUUCUUACUGAAACAAUUUUAAAGUUCUUCCCUACACCCUAAAAUUCCUAUUAUGGAUAGUUCUUUGUUUGUGUUUUUUACCGAUAUUUGCUUUUAUACCUAUUUAUCUAUACCACUUAAGUAUUUCCAAUGUUUUUUUUUACAAACACACUUCCAGUCAUGUGAAUUUUAAUAGCAGUAUUAUUAUCGAGUUGGAUUUUGUAUUUUGACAAUGUCCAAAGUAUGUUUUAGUAAACAAUGCAACUUAAAUUAUAAAUUUGACCUCUUGUCAAGGUGUUUCAAUUUCAACAGUUUGGAUUAAUUUUGUUGUUGAGUAUUUUUAAGCAAUCCCCUAAGUGAUCCUUCACCCGCUGAACUGAUCUUAGUUUUUAGAUUUGUAGAAGACGUUUUGUAUGAGAUUAGGUAAGGCCUAAGGCAGUUGAUACUUAAGCUGUACCAAGUAACUGUAUUUAAAAAUCUGCUCAUUAUGUUUCUUGUCCUCCCUACUUUUGACAAGUAACCUAUAACUUGUUUUGUCUUUCUCACAUGGAAUAGACACUAGGCUAUACCUAACUGAGAUGGAAAAUGUUCUCCAUAAAAAAUUUUUUAAUUGUAGUGAUAAAAUUUAAUUUAGUAUUUUGACUUGCCAAACAUUAUUUUAAAAUUGUUUAGCUAUAACUAAAUUGAAUAAGACUCCAUAUACAAAAACAUCUACCGAUUAUACAGUAUGUAUUGAGUAAGAUAAUAAUGUUCCUGAAUUUAGUUGCAAUCUUUCCACAUUAAUCACAUGUUUUGUGUCAAUAUCAUAUCUGGAUUAUAACUUCAGAUGAAAUGGAUAAUGAUAAUAUACUUGAUGUUUUGAACUUCACUUGUCUAAAAAUUAUCUUGUUAUUUAAUUUUCUUUAUGCUAACUACAACUGAAAUAAAGGAACACUGUACUAAGUGUCUAAAGUACAUGGUAAUAGCCUUUUUAGAUUUAGUUUUCUUUUAAGAAAAGAAAAGUUUAAAGAUUAUGUUUGUAAAUUAGACCAAACCACUUCAGACGAGUCCUCGAUAUAUUUUUAAACGGAUCAAAUAGUUGACGUAGAAGUAGACAUUUAAUCCACAUGGAUCAGUUGUAGCCACUCAAAAAAAAAAAACAUAAUUCAGUUGAAUUAAAUAUAUAUAAUUUUUUUUACUGGCUAAAACUGUACAAUGGAAAUAUCCAAUUUGACUUGGUGCACCUACUGAGUAUAUUCAAAGUUAAAACUAUUUUAUAUAAGGCAUUUACUGCUGUACACAAUUUAAAUUUUGGAAGUGGAUUUUUUAAAUUUUUUAAAUAUCAACGUAGGCUAAGUUGCAAGUAAUAUAGUUGUGAAAUCAUCAGCAAAUUUUGAUAUGAUAUAUCAUCUAAAAAUAUUGUAAUUCCUCAAGACUUAAUCAAAUCACUCAGUAUUCAAUUUGUGCCAAAGUAGAAGAUUUGAUAUGUAAAUGAAGUUACAGUGUCUUUAAAUGAAUCUUGAAAUUUGAGCUGCAUAGUGUAGAAAACAAUAAUUAUAAUUAUAAUCCCAUACUCGAGCUACAGUAAAAGUAUUUUAAAUUCUAUUCGCUUGGUAAUGAUUAUUAAGGUCAAAUAAAUAUUCUCAAGUUCCACCUAGUGACAAUUAAAAGAAUAUUUGAGUUAAGUUACCAUUUACUUAUAACAAUUAGUUUUUUUUUUUAAGUUCAACCAUUGUUUUCAAUCAUGGGGACAUUUUCCUUAGACAUAAGUUUAUUUCCAUGACUGCAAUAAAUGUAUUUUUAUAAUAACAAGGUGUUCUUUAUUUCGGUCCUGUGGCGCUUGCUUUGUCUAUUUUUACUAUUUACUCGGGUGCCAGGUUUUGGGUAACUCGACUCAGACCAUUGUUCUUAACAAUCCUAAUAAUUCUUGAAUCCAACCUAUUUUUGUAUCACAUACCUUAACGCCUAAUACAUCACUCAAGUAGUUCUGAUAUUAGCAACUGGCAUAACA